UGGGGUGUGUCCUGUUAGCUUUGGAGGGUGAUGUGUAUGAGUAGCAUGGAGAAGUCCUACAGCAGUGUGUUAGAGCGACCGUAGAAAUUACCAUCUACACCUUUUGUUUAUCGCGUAACAUCAUAUAGUUAUAUACGAACCUAAAUUCAAGAGUUGAACCAACGCCGCUGCGGUUCCUUCCUGCUGUUACCUGACUCCAUUAGGAUGUUUUCGGUCUGGGAGUCUGCGGAGCUGUAGCCAAACUGACUGUGCCUGUCUGUAACCUGUGUGUCUGCGUCACUGACCGCGAUGCGUUUUAACGAAAAGGAGCUGGUGUCCCUGAGCCGACAGCCCUCAGAGAUGGCAGCUGAACUGGGGAUGCGAGGACCCAAGAAAGGAGACGUUCUAAAGAAGAGGCUGGUGAAACUUGUCGUUAACUUCCUCUUCUAUUUCCGGACUGAUGAGGAGGAGCCAAUUGGAGCUUUGCUGUUGGAGCAGUGUCGAGUGGAGAAGGAAGACAGCCAGACUUUCUCUAUUGUUUUCCUGGAUGAAGCAGAGAGGAAAUAUCUGUUUGAGUGUGACUCUGAGGAGCAGUGUGGAGAAUGGAUAGAUUCUAUUAUCAAGGCCAGUUACGAGUUCAUGAGGAAGAACCUUAUAUUCUAUCGAACUGAAAUCCACAGGCUCACUGGCAAGGAUCCAUUGGAGCAGUACGGUAUAUCUGACGAAACUCGCUUUCAGGUCAGCAACGGCCUGCAGCUCAUGCCUCGAGAUACCUCCUCUCUGUAAAUGGUGUCCUGUGUCCAAAUGUACUUCACUUUCAUUUAAGUUCACCCAGCCAUUCCAGCAAUCACUCCUCACUGGAUCACGCACCUCAUGAGCUUUUUACAUCUCAGUCCUCUGAAUGUAUUUAGUGUGUGCGGACAGGUUUUUCACAGAUGUGAUGUUCUUAAAUCUGUUAUUUCCAGUCAAAACUCAACACUGUACUAUGUUAUGUUUUGGUUCAGGGGUAUUUUUCAUGCCAUUUAUCUUUCCAUUUUCAUAUUUGACUUCAGCCUGGACUUGUUUAUUCUACAUAUAAAAUAUGUUUUAUAGUAUUUUUUCUACUAGACAUGCUCUGUCUUUAAAAGAUGUGAUGUGAGUCUCAUAGUAUUUGUGCUGUACAGUUUGAGCUGUGACUUUCAGGACUGUUCCCUAUGAGCGUUGCUGAGAAUCAGUUCAGGAUAAUUAAACAUUUGACACAAUCAAGCAAAUGUACACUGCUCACAAAAAAGGUAAUGAUUGUAAGAUAUCCAGUUAAUUUAGAGGAUCUUAGGUAGUUUUUACCGUCUGGAUAUAAAAAAAGAUAACCCUGAUCUGCUGAGUUGAGCCACAUUUCACGCCAUUGUUGCUUAUGAAAAAGAAUAUUUUAAGAGAUCCCUAUAUAUUUAUCAUCCUGCAUAUAGAUUUUUUUCUUGUAUUUUUUAACUACAUUUUGCACAUAUUGCUUAACCGGGUGUUAGCCAUUUCUUUUAACAGAAAUUUCAAUGACUGACUGACUUGAACCUACUGUACCUUUUUCUUUGGCACUUUCAGAUUCAGAUUCCUUUGAGUAAUGUUUGGACCAUAUUUGGAAACUAGACUCUUUAUAUGCUGUGUUUAAUAUUACAUUAUCAUCAGUAAGGCAUAGCUGUAUCUGAAAGAACAUUGUCAUUGAAUGUGUUUGUUUUCAAACUUUUGCACAUGUGAUUUCUUCAGUCUGGUCUUACAUCAUGUUUAGAUUAUAUUUGUUUCAUUGCAAUCCUUAUUUAGGUCAUCUUUUUUGCUAAUAAAAAAUAUUUGGACGAAUAUGCAGUUUUUAUCUCCAUUAUUCAGUGUUAGUAGAGUCUAGUGGUUAUAGUCACUUUCAUGUAGGUCUAUAACACAUUGCAUAUUUUAGCACUGACACAACAAAAAAAAA